AUGUAUAGUCAACCUAUAUAUGAUCCAUUCGUACUUUCAAGUGUAUGUCCAUAUUCAUGUGCAAUUCUAUCAUUUGCCUUGCAAGUUGGUGGAACAAUUGAUCCUGAAUUUUUAAUGCAAUGUCAAAUAGCAGAUCCAAAAUUUGAAAAAGCAGUCAAUGCUUUAAAACCAGUUCCAUUAAAAUUUGAAGCACCAUUAGAACAUUUCAAUUAUCAAGAAGAUAUUUUUCUGGAUAUGGGUGCACCAAAUCAACAACAAUUUUAUGAUGCAUGGGCAUUUAAACGAUAUAAUACAUGGGUAGGAAGUCAAGACCAAUGGAAUUCAACUUAUGAUAUUGGAAGCGAUAUUAUUAUUGAUUUAAUAUAA